UUAAGUAAUAAAUGUUCACUACAAUCUAUUGGCUGACUGCAUUGAUAUUGCUGCUGUUGCUGCUGCCGCUGCUGCAGUGCAUCGAAAAGAAUCGCUACGUGGUGGACACUGAUUAUUGUCGCAUUCCCGAUCCCUCGCCAUUCAGCAAGGAAUCGAUGCAAGACUUUCGACUUGGCAAGUACAAACCAUGCACCAAAUUGCAGCCACUGACGUGGGUGAAGUACAACGAAUCUUUGGAGCACUAUGUGUUGAGCAUCAAUGAGAGUGCCUAUCAAUGGCAUCUGCAGAUCGAUCUAGAGUUGAGGUCACCACAAACAGCUGCUCUCAACUGUUGCUAUAUGGAAGUCGAACGCGAGAACGACAACGUGGUGAAUGUGAUGCAAUGCAAACACUUCAAGGGCAGCGUUCAGUUGUCCAAUGACUUCGAUAGUUUCCUCGUUGAGUGCUAUGCCAAGGAUAAACUGAUCUAUACCAAUGCUCAUGCCACAGUCCCGGAGCGAAGUGCGCUGCGUCAGCGUCUGCAGCAGUGGCGGAGCACAAAGGAAAAGCCACCCAGUGUGCUCAUGCUGGGCAUCGAUACAAUCUCGCGACUGAAUCUGAUGCGUGCCAUGCCCUCCACUUACAGAUAUCUCAAGCUAAAUGGCUGGUUCGAGUUGGCCGCCUACAACAAGAUUGCGGCCAACACAUUGCCCAAUCUUUUGGCUUUCUUGACGGGUCGAAACUUGAACAGCGUCAUGGAGCACUGUAAUCCCUACUUGAUUGGUGGUCUGGACAAGUGCGAGUUCAUCUGGAAGCUGUAUCGGGAACUGGGUUAUGUAACAGCUUUUGGCGAGGAUGCAGUGUCCAUCAAUACGUUCAAUCUGCGAAUGCGAGGUUUCCGGGAAUCUCCCGUCGAUUACUAUUUGCGGCCGUAUUUGAUUGCCGCAGAACAGUGGCUGGACGUAAGUCAGCAGCCUGGCCAGGAGUAUCAGGUGUGCCUGGGCUACGAACACGCAUCGGAGCACAUUUACAACUAUGCGCUGGAGUUUGCUCGUCGCUAUCGCAACGAUAGCUUCUUUGGCUUCUUCUGGACAAACACACACAGUCAUGGGUAUCGCAUCUCACGCACCAGCGCCAUGGACAGCUAUAUGACCAAGUACCUGAAGCGUCUGGUAGAGCAAGGCACCAUGAAUCAUACGAUUGUGGUGCUGCUGAGUGAUCAUGGCACGCAUCAGCUUCCCACUCGAAUGAGCAGCUUGAGCUGGCUGGAGGAGCGUCUACCCUUUCUCUUUAUCUGGUUGCCACCGUCGUUGAGGAAGGCGCAUCCCGAGUUUGUGCAGGCGCUCCAAGUGAACAGGCAGCGCUUAAGUAAUCCCUACGAUUUACAUGUCACUCUCAAGCAUAUACUCUCGCUGAGUGGACGCAACAGCUUGGAGGGGAUGGGAGGAGCACAGGAUUGCCCCAACUGUCAGAGUUUGCUACUGCCGCUGCCGCUCAAUAGAAGCUGCGAGGAUGUGGCCAUUGGUGAUCAUUGGUGCACCUGCUGGUCCUAUAGCGAAUACAAGGCAAACUCAGCGAACGAUAAAAUGAUGGCGCAACUAGCCUUCGAGUACCUCGUAGAUUAUUUUCACAAAAAUGUUUUCGUACGCAAUUUAUAUGAUGUCCAGCCAAAGACUUUGGUGGGCAUCUCAAAGGGGCUUGUAGCCAAACGUAAUAAGGCUGAUGAUCCUCGCAUCUCCAUUUAUCGUCUGCGGCUUUUGACGCAGCCAAAAAAUGUGUUGUUCGAGGUCACCAUACGCGUCAAUUCCAGCUCCAAAGAAAUGCACGUGAGCGACAUCAGUCGUUUAGGUCCUGUUUGAUCUAGCAGUUU